AAACUCCAAUCCUGGCCUGAAAGGACAGAGUCCACAUGGUAAGGUGACCUGAGACAAGUGUGGGGGAUGGGGAACCGGUCAGAACUGUCUUCUGGAGAGCACCAGCUGGGUCCUGGAUUUCAGAGAACCUUGCUGUCUGGAGAAAAAGAGAAGACAAAAAAAUGUGACUGCUUUGAAAUGUAUCCCACCUACAUUGUGAAGCAGUGCCUCAUAAGGCAAUUUGCAAGUGUGUACUUCGUUCCCGAAUCCAAGUUUGAAGUGAGUCAUUGUGAUUCAGUAGUAACAGGUACAGCUUUGCUUCUCAAGUCUACUGCAGGAAUCGGAGUUUUCAACAGGGUGACAAAGAAUAAGUUUUAGAGGGAAAGCUGAAAUCUAAGGUGAAAAAUUCAUAUUGAAGUGGCUCAUCUAAUUCCUGCCUGCAAAAGGAAGUAGCAGUAAGUUGGGAAGUACAAACCUGCCUCAAUUUCAAUUUUGAAAACUUUAACUCAUCAGAGUCAAAACCUCUUGAAGGAUAUGUUACUAUGACGUUCUUUCCUCAUUUCUCCCUCCCUCCCCACCCCAAGCCUAUGUUUGAUUUAUAAGAGUCAGCUUGCUCUAGUAGAUAGCGGGCCAACCUUAGAGGCAGGCAGUCCUGCCCUGGAUAGCAAAUCGUGACCGUGGACAAAUAACAUUCUAUUGAGCUAGGGUUGGGGAAAGUAUGUACAUAGAUAAAUGUAAAAUAAUUUGGAGAAAAGUACACUAUUAACUGAAGGAUCAGGGAAGACCUUUUGUAAAACUAAGUUACCGAGGAAUUGCCAAUUUGCACCAGUUCCGCGCCCCAAGUCCCCCACAAGUCUGCCCUUCUGAGCCCCUCCUCCCAACCCCCAAGUAAUAAGCUAUGCAGAUGUAAGAUUAGCAGCUUUCAAAUAUAUUUCCUUUAUUAGAUUUCUUAGCAAUGCAUGGGAAACUUUUUUACCUAUCAAUCUAUUUCAAUAAUUAGUUUUACCAACUUGCAAACUGGUCACUUCAAGCUUCACUCUGCUUAUUUACCAUGGUUAUCUAAGAGAACCACAGAAGGCAAUAUUCCUCCCACAAUGUAAAGUAACUGAGCCUGUUCAGCUACUUUGACAACUGUUCUGCGUUUUAACUGAAACAGAUCUAAAUUCUGGACUGCGGCCACAACUUGGCAAAAACCGAAUCCAGAGUUCACAGGUGUCUGUUUUUAAUGCGUGUGUAUGUCUUGAGAAGUUCCAAAAUCAAAAUCCCAAGUCUCAGAAAUCCUGUCCUCCCUCGGGAUGGGUAUAUUGACCCCCCACUAACUCGCUAGCGCUAAGUCCCUCUGAAAAGUCCGACGCCUCUCACGCGGCACUAAGCCCGUCUUCAGCCUUUGUGUGUACCGAGGAACUACGGGAAGAAGCAAAGAAGAGAUCGUGGUCAGCCCCGGAUUAAAACAAAAUCUCCACAUAUGGAUGAUCCUGAGAAGACAAACCAAAAAUGUGAAAGCAAACCCCGAAAAGUAAGAUUUAAAAUAUCAUCAUCCUACAGUGGUAGAGUAUUGAAGCAGGUUUUUGAAGAUGGCCAGGAGCUUGAAUCCCCAAAAGAUGAAUACCCUCACAGCUUUAUCCAAGAGUCCUUUGAACCAGCGGAGAGUGUCUAUGGGGCUGGAGAAGCUCCCAAACCAAGAUUUUAUUCUACAAAACUGACUGCUCAGCGAAUCAGCGUUUAUAGAGAGGGAAAUGCCUACACCCUGGCAGGUAGCCAGCCUCUCUUCAAUGAUUACAAAACUAAUGACCACAAGUCUCCACCCAUUUUAGAUUUUGGCAAGAUAAUCAUCUAUACUAAUAACCUGAAAAUCAUCCGAACUACAAUGGACAAAAAAGACUUCAUGAGAAAAGUCCUCCAGAAGGGAGAAGAGGCUGAGGAACACUCUUUGGUGAGCAAAGAAGAUGGUGAUGGAGAUAGUGAUCAGACUGAUGGCCCACUACCAGAAACAGAAACUACAUUUGCCCACAACCAAUUUAUCCAGGAAGGGGAGAUCCCUGAACAUAAUUGCUUCCACUGUAGAGGAUCAGGCAGCGCUACUUGUUCCCUAUGCCAUGGAAGCAAAUUUUCAAUGUUGGCUAAUAGAUUUAAAGAAUCUUACCGGGCCCUGCGAUGUCGUGCUUGUAAUGAGAAUGGCCUCCAGCCCUGCCAGAUUUGCAACCAAUAAGUUGUGACUUCCAUAUGUCUGGUUUGAUUGUUUGGAUUGGUUUCUGACAAACUUCCUGGUCUUUCAUUUGAUCUUAUCAGUAAUUGUUGUCACCUGUGUCACCAAUAAAUCUGAAGGGGGGUGGGAGGAAGAUGAAAGGAGGGCAAUUUAAGCACCCUAGACAUUUGGGAUUUUCACUUUGUUCUGGAACUAAUGCUGAGAAUAUUCUCUAGAGGGCCUCAGCUCAUUUCUCCUAUGAUAGUGAAAAGUACACUGCUUUGAAACAAUUUUUUUUUUUUGUGAUUGUUUUGCAUAUUCAUUUCAAAAAACAUUAAGUUUCCGUGAGGCUGUACAAGAUACUGUACUGUGUACUGCUAUCACAAAGGUAAAAAUGAAAAUCUCUGCCCUUUGGAAGCUUAUAAUCUAAUGAACAAAAGUACAAAAAUAUGAAAUAUAUACCAAGUGACACAAGGUAAUUUCAAGACACUCAGCUGGAAGAUCAGAAAAACCCUUAUGUAAGGAAGUGACCCCUGAACUCCACUUGGAAGGAAACUGGGGAUUCUUAGUCAGCAGUUAGAAAUGAAGGCAUUCCAGACAUGGCUGAUGGCAGCCAACCUGCAUAAGCAAAAAAAAAGAGUGAAAUAGCAAGAUUCUGGUGAAUAGAAUUCUGAUUGCUUGAAAAACAUAUUAAAUUGUCUUUGGUCAAAUUGACAUUCUAAUUUACUAGGAAAGACAGGGAUUCGGGAUAUCUAGCAAGUGAUUGUUAGAAAUGCAGAUGGUAGGAACUUUCUAGGUAAGAUAGGUAAAUGUAGGUGAUCCUUUUUUUCCAGAGCCUUUAGAUGAUUGUGCCUGAUAUGUUUGGGUAAUAGUUGCACAAAUGACAAGGAAUAUGAUAACCUUGAGAUACAUGAUAAAAAAAGACAUUGCUAUGUGCCUUUAGCUACAGAAGUUUUAAACCAAGUCAAAGUUGGUUAUGACAAAUUUGGUGCUUAGAUGGGCAUGUGAUUGUAGACUUUCCUCAGUCCCAAAUUAUUAAUAUGAAAAUAAAUUCAUUUUAAUUCUAUAAUCUCUCAUCUCUCCACAAAUGUUGAUAGGUGAAAACAACAUAUUGCUAAUACCUUUUUUUUUUUUUUUUUGAGAUCCUCCUUCAAAUCUAUUUUUGCCUCAAUCAAGAUAGGAUUAGAAAUGUUCCCUUCUCUAUGUAUGCCCAUAUACAGAGGGAAGUAUAAUAGGGUGGGUGAGUAAUAGUAAGUAUUGAUGUCUUAGGGAUUUACUUAUCUCCAAGAUUUAACUCUUAAAAUAAUUUCAUAGUGUAAUUCUUUCCAGGCAACUUAGAUCUUUUUCUGAAAAGAUGAAAACAUUUCUUUAGCAGGUAAACAUUUUCUAUAUUCAAUUUCUUUUAUUAGGUUCCCUACACCAUGACAUGCUAUCACUCACUCAUCUUUACAUAUCUCUGUAAUUAACUACCUCCCACCUUUCUUUGUCUUUCAUGGUAUUCUAUCAGCUAUUGGAAUUGUGACAUGAGCCAGAAUUACAAAGAAGGAACUGAUGUAAAACCACUAUUUAAUCAAUCCCCCUGUCUUCAGGAAUUAUACUUUAGUAUAAUGGAUCCCCCCCCCUCCUCCCUCCCCCCACACACAUACACAAGCUCCCAUAUUUUAUUGGCUGUUUAUUAUUCUAAAUAUGUUCUUUUAUACUGAAUAAUAAAUGUAUCAUUAGUGGGUGUACCAUUUCUUACUUUAACUGCCAAGUGUGGAAUUAUAUAUUUUGGUGGUAUAGAAACUGAUGAAAUGUUUUGUUUGGAUGGCUGUUUAAAAGAAUUACUGCUAUGAUUCCCAUACCUGCAAUUGAAUGAGUCUUAGGGCAAAUAAUCUGAUUUUGGACCAUCCCUGAUUUCUGAACUUUGAUGUGACUACAGUUUUUUGACCAUUUUGUGGGCUAAGGAAAUCACUGGUCUUCUUGCAGAAAUGGUCAUACUAUGACCAAAAAAGCAUAAAAAUCCCUCCCUCAUGUUUUAACUUUGAAUCAAACUAUUAUAUUAUGUUCAGGUUUUAAAACUCCCCUCUCCCUUCCCCCACCUCCUCACAUAAGUCGUUGUAUGAUGAUGCCAAAUAAAGCAAUUAUUUGCAUUUGUAA